UGAGAUAAAACAUAAUGUAGGUUUUGUUUUUCAUUUCUUACACAAAUAGGAUGCAGUCGGAAGAGAAAGAUUUCAUUCCUGUGUGGCCAAAACAGCAUGGAUUGCAAAGCAACAUUGAGGAUGUAAGGCAAAGGUUCAUGUCGACUCAAGGGUUCGCCUGUUUAUUUCUGGUGGUUGCCUUGAUAUUUCACAUUGUAGGUCUCGCUACUGGCCACUGGCUUGUAGGAUCUUCUAGUGAUAAGUCUGCGGGAAUUUUAGUACAUAUAGUUGUUGGUCUGAAGACACAGACACUAGAGUACAGAAAUGGAACGAUUGUAAAUCAAGCUUCUUCUUUGAACAUGGAAGAGGAACACUAUAUCUUCUUUGCAAUCGCUUGCGUCAGCUUCGUGGUCUGUUGUGUCAACCUGUUUGAGGUCAUCCAUAUUUUUGUGGGAAUAUCUGCGUUUGGUAUGGUCACCUUACUUCUUAUAUGUAUUCUAAGGGGCUUUUCUCGAAUGUCCGAAAAGAAGACAGAAAUUGAAGAAUUCAACUCGACAUGGCCGGUUUUAUAUAUUGGAUGGUCAUUUAUACUAGUUAUGUUUGCUUUGCUUUUUAAUGUGGUGACAACUGUGGCAUUUCUCGCUGUGAUAUUAGUCAAGGAAGACAAAAAAGCAUCACACUCUAGACAAACAGCUGAACAAAAUACCCAUAGAAAGGGCAAUGUGACCUCAGGGACUGGUGAUCAACCGAUUAGUGUAAUAGUUAGAAAAGAAAACAUUAAGAAUCAAAUUGAAUUGGUACCACCAAGGAGACAAGAAGUCCGAGUGGAAAUGCAUAAAAUGACACUGAAUAUGACGUCAUCUUUAACGGGAAGUCCAAUUAGUACAGAUAUUUUCGACGGACAGUCAGGGUUAGCUCCAGUUGUUUCAUAAAAAUAUCAAGCUAACAACAAUACUAAACCCGCAAGACGCAGUUUCUUGUCACAGUGGUAUGUUCUAUCGUCAUUUUUGCGAAAUAUCAGGAAAGUCGGAACGUUCUGUGAUUUUCAUUUUCUUGUACAGGGCUUGAAAAACUUACAGGCUUCUUACAACUUCACUUUAACUGCAGCUUGAUGUUUCAAAACGGAAGUACGUAAUUUGGUCAAAUAAAGCACACUACUCCGGUGUGCACGUAAGAUUUUACUUUACUAAGACAUGUGAACCAUUUUCACAUUAAACACUGGGAUAUACCCUCAUUUGAUUUCAAUAAUAAUCAGUAACAGACAACCAAUAUCUAUCUUUCAAGGGCAUUAGGCUCCCUUCGGGAAAAUUGGCUGCAACGACAGGCCUCCUUCAACCGAGUCUUACCCAUCAAGCAGGAGGAUAGUACAACUGAUUGCAUAUAUACCAAUGUGAUGCGCACUGUAGCAUGACCAACCUCCUUUCACCGAGGCUUUGCUCUUCAAUGGUGAUGCUCUUGUAGACACCCUUGCGGACGGCUGGCUACAACGAUACAAGCUGAACCAAGGUGAUGUGCUCUCUUUCCAGCGGGAAUAUACCCCUCAAUAGAGGCGCUUUAUGGACUGCCUUGUGCAAUGAUACAGGCUAGACAAAGUUGAUGCGCUUUCCUUUAACCAAGACUUACCGUUCUAUCAAGAGGCUCUGAAAACCGCCAUUUUGGAAUAGUUAUUGCUAUAUUAUUUGGUGUACCAAGGUGAUACACGCAUAGCUGACCGACCGCUUUUGAUCCAGUCGUGCCGCUGUUUUUGUUCUCUUUGUAGAGUGUUUAACGUCUAUAAGUCAUUGUUAUGGUUGUAACUCAUCCAUUCUUUUGGUUUUAUUUUUCUCUUUCCUACAUUCCCCCAACCUCAUCUUUAACUUUUCCAGGGAAAUGCGGUCGAAUCAAGUCAGUCUUUUGGCGUGGUAAGAGCUUAUUAACACUAUUAGUAUUAAAUCAUUCCCAAAACAUUAAUGGUGUAUAUUAGUCCGACUGGAUUCAUUAUUUUCAAGGUGUUGUUUGUAACUUGAAAGUUGUGAACAUAAUGCUUUCGUUUUAAUUUAUACUAUGCUCGGUCAAUAUUUUUUUUAUUUACCUUUCAAAUUAUUGAGUUGAUGUUGUCUCAAAGAAGAUGUGUAGGAUAGGAUAGAAAAUGUUUAAUUGAUAAAUGUUGGAAGAAAUGUGGGGGUGAGAUCCUCUCGAAGCCUCCUCCCCCACACCUCAUAGUAUACACCUCUGAUUUUACCGACCGUUCCAAGACGGCGAUUAAAAUGAUAUAUAAGUAUUCAUGAAAACUGUGUGUGUUGUCUUGUGUGUCUCCAGUGUUUUUUUUAUCCGCUUCAGUGCAUACCUCGAGGUCCUUAGCAUAUAUCUGAGAGUCCCACUGUUUUCAAUGGAUCUUUAGAAACCAAGAUCGCCUUGUGUGUAACUAUUAUGUAUUUGUACAGCCAAAUAUAUCAUGUGUAAGUUGUGCAAGAGAUGUAAAGUUAGUUAUAUGCGAAGUGUUAAAUAGUAUAAAUAAUACAAUUAAUUCGUAGAAUAUUUGAAAACUCAUUUACGUAUUUUUUGAUAAUUGUUCUCUAAGGCUAUCUAUAAUUUCGUUUUCGUAUUGAGAUUAUUUGAUAUUUGUUAAUUAACUUAUCUAUCAUAAAUGAAAAUUAUCUAACGAUUGUUACACAUCAGUUAUUUUCAAUAUAUUAUGUGUCGAAACUCUUCCCUAAAAACAGCUUACUUGUUAGAGAUAAUAACACGCUUGUUUUAAUAAGUUUCUAACUCAAAAUGGAUUAAUAUAUAUGUUACACUUGUUUUCGUCAUCUAUACUAAUAUGGCAUAACGUAAUAGAAAUUGAUUCGGGUAAGAAUAGUAUUGAGAUAGCUUAGUUUUUUAUUUGUUAAGGUUAUUUUUACCAAUAAAGGGUUUAUAUAAAAUCAAAUACAGAGCUACAAUGUAAAUGUCCAUUUUAUUAAGUCUAUUAUCAAAUCGCCAUACAGUAUAGAAAGUAAAAAUGUCAAACUUAAUUAAGAAUCUUGCUCCAUUGCUUGAUGUUUUGCUAUUGAUGUACUGACAGUUAAUUUUGGUAAUAAUAUUGGCAAUGUGCAUGCGUUCACCUGUAAAUACUUAAUUAAAUAUG